AAAUGCUGAUAGCAAUAUGUCUUCAGGAAAUGCCAAAAUUGGGCACCGUGCCUCCCAGUUCAAAGCAACUGCUGUAAUGCCAGAUGGUCAGUUCAAAGAUAUCAGCCUAUCUGACUACAAAGGAAAAUAUGUUGUGUUCUUCUUUUACCCUCUUGACUUCCCCUUUGUGUGCCCCACAGAGAUCAUUGCUUUCAGUGACAGGGAAGAAGAAUUUAAGAAAUUCAACUUCCAAGUGAUUGGUGCUUCUGUGGAAUCUCACUUCUGUCACCUGGCACGGAUCAACACACCCAAGAAACAAGGAGGACUGGGACCCAUGAAAAUUCCCUUGAUAUCAGACCCCAAGCGCACCAUUGCUCCGAACUAUGGGGGAAGCCCAGACCAUGGGGUCUUAAAGGCUGAUGAAGGCAUCUCAUUCAGGGGCCUUCUUAUUAUUGAUGAUAAAGGUAUCCUUCGACAGAUCACCAUAAAUGACCUUCCUGUUGGCCGUUCUGUGGAUGAGACCCUGAGACUAGUUCAGGCCUUCCAGUUUACUGACAAACAUGGGGAAGUGUGCCCAGCUGGCUGCAAGCCUGGCAGUGAUACCAUCAAGCCUGAUGUCCAGAAGAGCCAAGAAUAUUUCUCUAAGCAGAAGUGAGCACUGGGCCAUUUUGGGGCCAGGCUGCAGUAGGUGGCCAUGAGAACAAAACCUCUUUUGUACUAUUGUCAUGCUUAAAACACAAGACCUUGCACUCAGCCAAGAUGUGGUGUGGGACUAGACAGGCCUUUCCUGCAGGGGCUGGGGAAGCCAGCCUUU